UUCCUUUACAUGACAUUCAAUUGACUGGCACAGAACUUGGAUGUGGAUCAUAUGGAUAUGUUAGAGUUGAAUAUUGGCGUGGCUGUCCUGUUGCUGUCAAAAUAUUGGAUGAUGGUUUGGUUGAUGUUCAACGCUACGCUCUACUUGUGGAACAAGAAGCAUCUAUAGGAUGGAAAAUACAUCAUCCAAACAUAAUUGAUGUUUGUGGUGUCACUUUGGAGUUAGAAGAGAAGAAGGCAUGGAUUGUCAUGGAAUUACAUAACGGCUCUAUGUCUGCUGUGAUUGAUGCAUGUCAAGGAGAUGUUGCACAUGACACAUGAUUCUUUGUGUGGACUCGAUUAUAUUCACUCUAUGCAACUUAGGGAGAUUCUUCAAGGUGAUAUCUGUCCAAGGAACAUCCUUGUUGCAGCAACGAUGAGAGCCAAACUGGGUGAUCUAGGAGCUAGUCGUUUUCAAGAUGCUUCACUUUCAGCUGGUCUGCUCAGUCCAGAAUACACACCUCCUGAGAGAUUUGAUGUUCCAACUUCACCAAAAAGCAACAAGACCGACAUGUACAGUGCGGGUGUGACCAUAUGUGAGCUCUUCACUGCUGUCGUUCCAGAUCGUCGCCGAAGGAUAGAUCGAGUCGUAAUGAUCCGUCAGAUAAAUGUUCGGGCUUUAUGUAAACACUUGGUGAGAAAUGAUCCUGCCACGCGACCAACAGCAGCAGAAGCCCGUCAUGUUAUUAGUGGUAUUCGUGAGACAGCCGAGUAUAGAACAUGUCCUCCUAAACGAAUGGUAAUGGGUAAGAUGGAUGAAAUAGCUAAUGUCACUCUCAUUUAGUCCAUUUGGUGAAGUUGACAAAACCUCUAUCUUUGUAUAUCUUUCCUAAUUGAACCAUUUACAAUUUAUUUACCUAGUAAUCGCAAUUUAGCAAGCACAGCUGCUUGGCAUUUCAUUUUUAUUGCUCAGACAACUGUGCAACUAACAUUUUACUAGUUUAGACUUUGGCAUUGUUAUCCUGUAUUUGUGGUCUAACUGUAUUAGUGCUUACACUUGUCAUGUGACAUCAUAGAGCUGUGGCUAUUCUUGCACGCUUUUGGUUGAUAUUAAAUACAAGUU